AUGAAGACCGUUGCUGCCCUUGUUCUUGCGUUGUUUGCCUCUACGGCGAGUGCCUUUCUCCCCCAAAAGGGUGGAUCGGCAGCUGCCGCCGCCAAGUCCCAAAUCGCCGAUGAAGCCAUUGCUGCCUUUGCCAAAAAAUUCCCCUUUGAUAGGAAGCCAAUUGAGACAUCUCCAAUGGUCACUGCCUUUUUGAAUGCCGGAGUCCCCACCACAGAUAUCGAUGGAACCAAAUACAAGGUGAACAAACCGGGUGAAAAAAGAGGAAAGCGUUUGAGCGACAUUGGCGAGAAGGAAGCCAGGGCCACCUUUGCCGAACUGGCACGACUCUAUGGAGAUGAAAGCGCCCUGGCCAUGACCCAAUCUCUGCCAGUCUGCCUGACAUUUGAUCGCACUCAAUUUGCACCUUCUCUCAAGGAGUACAGCGCGAUUUUUGGGGAAGAAGAAGCCAAAGCCAUGGUUACCCGCAAUGCUGGUUUGUUGGCCAUUCGACCCAAUGAAGCGUCCAAAGCCACGGAUUCAACUAUGCAAGCUAGUUAUGUGAUUGGUGCCACCAGACCUUUUGGAGAUAUUUUGUUGCCUGGUUUGGCGUUUCUGCUCCUGGUUCCUGCCCUGGAGGGAAUCACUGGCAUCCCAAUCCGAACAGAGUUCUUGUCGGCUGUUACUGGUGCCAGUCCUGAGGAUGUUGCGACUGUUUUCACCAAGGUUGCGACACCUGUUUGGAAGCAAUAG